AUGUUUCGAAUUCUUGAAUCGCAGGCGCCGGCCAAACAAACGGCAACGGAUACAAUCAACACUCUCAGCAGUAGACUUCAAAGUGCGACACUACUGGAAGACCGACGUGCAGCAAUUCAAGGUCUGAGAAGCUUCGCGAAGAUAUAUCCUGCCUCUGUUGCAUCUGGUGCGCUGCGACCGUUGAUAAGCUGUCUCAGAAAUGAUCGAGAAGAUGUGGAUACGGUCAAGGUGGUCUUGGAGGCCCUGUUGAUGUUAUUUUCCCCCGAUGAGAGUAGCCCUGAAGCAUCUGAUGAAAUAGCUCUCUGGCUAUCCGAUGAGUUUACUCAGGUGUGCCACCCCAAUAUCCACCAGCUGCUUCUGUUGCUAACGGAGCGAAAGCGACAAGACAAUAUAACAGCUCUUCUUGACCUUCUUGAUACUCGCGACUUUUACUCCCGCUUAUAUUCUUUGCAAUUGAUAUUUCAAAUUUCUAGUGCGCGCCCAGAGAGGACACAGGAAUGUAUUCUAACAGCUCCGUUGGGCAUUCCAAGGCUAGUCAGUGCCCUGGGUGACGCUCGGGAGCCAGUUCGCAAUGAAGCCUUACUGCUCCUCAUUGCCUUAACGCCUGCUUCGGAGGAGUUGCAAAAACUGGUUGCCUUCGAAAAUGCGUUCGACCUUCUAUUUGUCCUGAUUGAAAAAGAAGGCUCUUUGUCACACGGGUCAGAAGUCGUCGAAGACUGUCUCUCUUUGCUCGCGAACCUUCUGAGGCUUAAUAUAUCCAAUCAGUCCUAUUUUCGGGAGACGGGAUGCGUCAAGCGACUGGCAAAGCUCCUUGCUGAUGCCAACCAUGAGCAGGAAUCAGAUGAACCCACUCCACAAUGGACCCUUGCCCAGCGAGACAAGAACAUUUGGGGUCUUCUGGUUAUUAUUCAGCUAUUCCUAGUUCGGGGUGGGAUUAAUACUCCUGCCAAUCAAAUGGCCUUCUGGCACAGUGGCGUUAUGGAACAAGUCUUGAGCACAGCCUUCAGUCAGAGGUUUAGUGUCAAUGUUACGUCCAAGGCACUGGCAACAUGUGCCGAUCUAAUUCGGGGGAACGAGCCAUUACAGGAGAGAUUUGGGGAUGUUGAGGUCUUCUGGGGCGCACAGCCUACAGAAGGCGCUUCUAAUGGAGACCUGGCAAACAAAGGACUUCAACGAAUCAAUGUAAUUGAAGCAUUACUCAAGUUGAGCCUUGAACCUGCUACACUACAGCUUCUCGAUGCGCGCCUAGCUGCCUGUGAAUGUAUCAAGGCCUUCUUCGCGAACCAUGCCGGUAUCCGCGUCCAUGUUCUACGCAGAGCCAUCGAUGGUCAUUUGAGCGGACAAGAUGAAAUCCCAAAUAUCUUGACCGCUCUGCUUCUUCCACCAGAAUCUCGUGGGAAUGCUGACCCGUAUCAAACUUGGAUGGCUUCUGUUCUGAUGUUCCACCUACUCUUUGAGAACGCCGAGGCGAAAGCAAUCGCUAUGGGGGUUACUGAAGGCGAUGCUGAGAGCGGGGAGGAAGUAAUCACUUGCAUUCAGUCAAUAGUUGGCAACUUACUUACCGGCAUGCAACGAGGUGACGACGAAAGAAUCUCCGUUGGAUACCUGAUGCUACUCUGUGGUUGGCUUUUUGAAGAACCUGAUGCAGUCAAUGAUUUUCUAGGAGAAGGCAGCAGCAUUCAAAGCUUAUUGCAAGAAAUCAAACAUCGCUAUGUUUCUAACGUGCUCAUUUCUGGCCUAUGCACUAUUCUAUUAGGUGUCAUAUACGAAUUCUCCUCGAAGGACUCGCCCAUACCUCGCAAGACUCUGCACCAAUUACUGACCGAACAAAUGGGCAGAGAGCAAUAUAUUGAUAAGAUAACAAGGUUCAGAGAAUCUCCUAUAGUCCGGGACUUUGAAGUCUUGCCACAAACGGUCGGCGGGCAGUACGAGGGUGGGCUGCCCGAGAUAUUCUUUGACAAGACAUUCGUGGACUUCCUCAAAGAUAACUUCGGCCGUAUGACUCGCGCCAUCGAUCGUGAACCAGGUUUGGAGAUAUCAGUCAUUACGAAUGGCGUUGAGAGAGGAGUCUCGCGCGAACUGGUCGAUUCUCUGAAAGCUGAAGUCGAAGAAAGGAGCCAGGCAGUGCAGAGACUGGAGUCGGAUCUAGUCGCCCUGCAGAAUAGACUUGAGCAAGAGCAGCUCGAAUACAGGAAAUCCCGGGAAACCGGUGCCAUAGAAAUGGCUAGGAUACAGCAAAUCAACGAGUCGCUUCAGAAACAUCAUGCGCAAGAACUAGCCGCGCUGGAGGAGCAACAUCAAAACGCGAAGAAUGAGCUUGUAAAGCAGUAUGGCGAGCAGCUCAGGUCCAUCGACUAUCAGAUGAAAGAGACUUCCGCCGAAUACGAGAGAAAGAGCUACACAGCUAGACAGCACCAUGAAGCUGAGUUGGCCGAUCUACAGAAGAAGAUCCAAUCGCUAGAAGCGGAAUUUGGAAGGGCCAGAGAACAGCAUACCGGAGAGGUUGCUAAUCUGAAAGCUACUAUCCAAGCUUUGAGAUCCAGUGCUGGCAAGGCAGAGGAAGAUCAUGCAGAAGAAGUUUCAAACCUGCGCAUCACUGCUCAGAAGCUGGAAUCCGAGGCCAGUCAGAGCCAGAAACAACAUGCUGCUGAGGUAUCCAAGCUCAACCAAACUAUCCAGAGUCUACAGUCAGAGGUUAAGACUCUCCAGCAACAAAGCGAGAGCAACAUUGCUGAACUUAAAAGCACAAACGAGAGAUUACAAAAGGAACUCGAAACGUCCAAAGAAAAAGCCACGCAAGAUAUCCAGGCCGUACAUGACGACUAUACCUCCAAGUGUGCUGCUCUAGAAAAGCGAGCUGAAGAGGCGGAGCGAAAAGUGGGGUACAGUGAAUCAGCUGAGCGCAAAUCCGCACAAGAACUGCAAGAGGCACGAGAAAAGUUGAAGAAGGUACAGGCUGAAGUCAAAGAAAAAGAAGCAGCAGCUCGCAAAUCGGCAAAGUCUGAAGCAGAAGGGUUACGGAAAGAGUUGGAACAAGUCAAGGCCGAAGCUAAACAAGCAGAAGACGCGGCUCGUAAAUCAGCACAGUCUGACGCAGACGGAUUACGGAAAGAGCUGGAGAAAGUCAAGUCCGAAGCCAAGAAAACAGAAGAUGCAGCUCUCAAGUCAGCGAGCUCCGAAAUAGAAGGCUUACGGAAAGAGUUGGAGCAAGUCAGGUCGGAAGCUAAGAAAGCAGAAGACGCAGCUCGCAAAUCGGCAAAGUCUGAAGCAGACGGGUUACGGAAAGAGCUGGAGAAAGUCAAGUCAGAAGCUAAGAAAACAGAAGACACAACUCGCAAGUCAGGCAAGUCGACUAAAUCCGAAGCAGAAGGAUUGCGAAAAGAGCUAGAAAAGGCCAAGUCAGAAAUGAAGGAUAAAGAAGCAGCUCGCAAAUCAACCCAAACAGAAAUCGCAGAGUUGCAAAAAGAGUUGGAGAAGGUCAAGUUAGAAGCCAAGGACCAGGCCGAGGAAGCUCGCAAGGCAAAGGAGAACGAAUCGGCUGCGCAGAAAUCCGCCCAAGAGAUUGAUGAGUUGCAGAAAGAGCUGGAAAAGAUGAAAUCAGAGAUUAAGGAGAAAGAAGAAGCCCGCAAAUCAGCUCAAUCCGAACUCGAGGACCUCCUAAUUGUAUUCGGAGACUUGGAGGCUAAGAGGAACGAAGACAAGAAACGCCUGAAAGACCUUGGCCAGGAAGUAUCCGAAGCCGAGGAAGAUGACGAUGAUGACGAGGAGGAAGAUGAAGACGAUGAGGAAUAA